AUGGGUCGAAAACCGAAUCCCGUGAUUGGGGAGUAUUUUACUCGGGGCCCCAAGCUUGCAGACUCCAGCAAUCGUUACCCGCAUACCUGCAAGUUAUGCGGCGAAAACUUCCCUAAAGGCAGAGGUGAAGUCUUACACAAGCACAUCACCGAGAAGUGCCCUGCCAUUACUCCCGAGGAGCGCAUCAACGCCGCUCUUGGAUUUGCAGGACUCCACUCUGGUUCUUCAGCACCCCGAUCAAUGAAUCUCACCGUCAACCAACUCGACCCCGCUGCGGCGGAAGUCGCACCCGAGGCCCCUGAGAAUUGGUCUGCCCUUCGCACCCUCGCCGAAGCUUCUCGUCAGGUUGGUGAGAAUGAGAUGGGUGCUCCUUCAGUCCCUGGUCGCGAUCUGUCUGAGUCAGCUGUUCGCCAGCUUGGAAUCGGCUUUGAGGUUCAGGAGCAGUUCACUUUGGAGAACCCACCUGUGAGCUACGACAACCGACCUGGCCGUGAGCGUAAGGAAUCCACUUCCAAUGAUAGCACCAACCCUUUGAGUUACCUCACCACAGAGGAGAAGAUGGAACACCUCCAAGCUGCCACUCAGCAGCAGAACAACACUGCUUUGGAUUCAUCAGAUCUAUCGGUCGCCGCCGCCGCAACCGCGCGUCUCACUGACUCCCUUAUGGACCCCCAGUUGGCUACUGAGCAUCCUGAGCCCCAGGUCUUGAGUCCCGUCAUGUCUCCAACCGAAGCUUGCAAGCCAGAGGCUCCUGGCAACAGUGUGCCCGUCACCAACACCCCUGGCCCUGCUAUGCCGCAACAACUUCAACAACCUCAGCAACAGCAAUCCCAGCAGCCUCAGCAACCCUGGGGUGAGAUGACUUACAUGACGACCAACCACAACCCCGCAGUCGCGACUCAUGUGGCCCCUAUUGCACCGCCCAACAGAGGCGGCACUAGAAUGCCGAUAGGAAACGGGACUCAAAGCGAGCACAAGCGCAAGGCUUACAAUCCGGUUCGGCGCAAGGAAGUCCAGGCUGCCCGUAAGAAAGGGGCCUGCAUCAGAUGCCGCAUCCUCCGCAAGACAUGCGGUACCAACGACCCCUGCGAUCAGUGCCGCAAGAUUCAAGGGCCUCGUCAUUGGACCUACCCUUGCGUCCGUACCCGCCUUAACCAAGAACUGACUCUCUAUUCGGCCGCCUUGAUAGUAGUCCUGGCGCAGACUAGAGUGAAACACGCUCGGCAAAACUACCAAUUGCUGUCGAACGGCACCUCUCUUGUCGUCUCCUUGUGGGAGGACAGCCCCAGUCUGACGCUUGCCGCGCUCGUCACUCCCCGCCCCCAGCAACCUGUCGCCGAGGAGUCGGAGCAAACUAAUGGAGACGCCAAGCCAGUCUAUCAGGUUGUCAUGAUCGACCAGGAUAAGGAGGAUCUUCCUGCCCGCAUGGAGGAGUUUUUAAAGUCCAUCUUGCCGACCCUAAUACAGCGCGAGCCGUCUCAUUUCAUGCAGGUUGUUUUGGAGGCUGCCCAGAAGUUCCCUCAAGAAAGGACAACAGGCAAGAACCUGAAGCUGGCCAUUGAGCUCUGGGGUCUUAUUGAGAUCCUCGACCGAGAGCGCGGCUGGUACAUCGCCGAAGAGCGUGAAGGAGUUGUAUCGCCCCGGGGCCCUGAGGAGUUUGCCGGAAGCGAUGACCAGGACAUAUACAACCUGAUCACUUUCCAGCUGUCUGCGGCAACGGAGCGCAAGGCAAACAACGUGUCCAACAAGCUCAUAAGCGAGCUCCAGCGCUGCCUGGAGAACGGCAAGGCCAGGAUCAACUUUGACGUGUAUCUAUCGAUCCUGAUUCUCCUCCACUGCCUCGAAAAGACGACCUGGACUUUCAAGGUGUGGGAGAUGGAUGAUUUCCGUCAACGCUGGCCCCUCGACCGCCCUCCUGCAAUGUACGUCAAUCAGGGCCGGGAGAUCGCCGACCUUCUCAAGAUGCUCCUGACUCUCCGAAAGUCCCACCCCAAGACGUUCCGAACCCUCGACGGACGUCUUAGCGUUAUCGACGUUGGCGACUCAGACUUUGCCAUGAUGGCGGAGUUCUUUGAAGCCCUGAACCUGGACUAUGACGAUGUCGUCCAGAAGCUGGAGACGUGCGCCUUUAGUCCCGAGACGUCCCGCUCGCUGGAGCUGCACUUCUGUAGUCAAGUGCUGCUCCCGCCUAAGGAGGGUGACCACGGCCACCACGUCGCCGCUGCCUCAAGCUCUGGUCAUAGCACGCCGCCCCCUCCUCCCCCCGGCCCCGGCCCUGACAAUGGCCCUACCUCCCUGGCUUCCCCACCCCCUCCCUCUCAGCAGCUGCCGCCCUCCAUGUCGUAG